UUGAUUAUUUGUUUACCGUCUAGGUAUUUCCAGGCAAUUAUGACAGGACCCACCCUGUAAGAAACACAUUGGACAACCCCAUUCAAGCUCGUUUUGUGCGUUUUUUGCCUCAGACCUAUUACACCUAUAUGAGUAUGAGGGUUGAAAUUUACGGCUGUGCGUUCAGUAAGUUUCUUUUGAAAAUCCGAGCGUUGUUGCCUUUGCAAAGCAUAACUAAUUGACUUGACACUGCUCCUCCUGCUGUUGCAUCACUUUUAUUGUGUGAAAGGCUACUAACGGUGAUAUAGUAAACAAAUGCGGUGUAUGGAGUCGUCACGGCUAGCUACUUAAUGCUACUAUAAGGCUAAUUAAGCUUGGCCUGAGCCAUGGCCCAUCCAUUAGAUUUGUUCAACAAUUAACAGCCCACGGGGUGGGUUAGACAACCUGGCGGGAUAGAGCCUUAGCGUGCCCGACCACUUCUUCAAUCUCAAGCUCUAUACAUAUGAAAUAGUUGUUGCCGUACUUUGUACGAUGUACAAUUGUCGUGCAAUAAAGUUCUGAUAUAAAAUCAUUAUAAGGAUCCAGAUCACUGUCGACGUUGCUGGGUAAGCUUCUUUAGCGACUUACGGCACAACAAAAUGUAUGACAGAAACAAUCAGUCAUACGCAGGGCAGUAUAGGAAAGUCAGGACAAUGUAGGAGUGUGCAGGAUAAUACAGAAGAAAGCAGGACAAUGUGGAAGAAAGCAGGUGUUUUACAAGCAUCUUAAUUACAUUAGACUGGGUUGCUGGAGGGACAUAUCUGCCAGCAAAAUCCCUACAUUAUGAAAUGUAAACAAAUCAAAAUGCCACAAUUCUCCUGUGAGAACGUAGUAAUGCAUCCUAUGUUGAUUCACUUGGCUUUUUCUUGAUACGCGUCGGUAAAUGUGAAAGUUGCCAUCAUUGGACAUCUUUAGUAAAUCACAUAUUAAGGAAAUUAUCAGGCAGAUAAACGUAGGUGAUCAUCAUUAGAGGGUUGUCGGUUGACAACGCAACCCAAAAGUUAAUUCUUUUCCACCUCCUCGUAACGGUUUUAAAAUCGGGUAUUUCUAUUUGUUUUCACCGACACCAGGGGGCUGCCCCGAGCCACCGACCCAAGCGAACACAAUCAGGAGCGCCUGUUCCUCCCCCUACCUACACGGAGAGAAAUGUACGUACGAGUGCACUACAGGGUUCACUCAAGCCUCUGGCAGCAGCGAAAAGACCUGCAAUGAUGGACAAUGGACUGGAAUCGACCUUAUCUGUGACUCAGCUCACGCUGCUGACCCAAACAUUGCAUUAAGAAGAGCUGCGUUUCAGUCUAGUGUUGACUCCAUGGGAUCCCCCGGUCUAGCUAUCGACGGAAACAGAAGUCCCAAAACUCCAAGCAGUUUUUGUACAAAAACAUACGAAGAAGACGACCCAUAUUGGUAUGUUGAUUUGGGAUAUUCGGUCACUGUCGACCACGUCACCAUCGUCAACCGUCGAGACUCUUUGAUGGAGCACAUCACGCCUUUCGACCUCCACGUUGGGGACAGCACUGACGUGACUAGGAACCCGAGGUGCGGCGGGCAUCAUCGCUUCUGCCCGACAGAUACCGAGCAUGUUGUCCACUGCCGCGGGAUGAAGGGCAGGUACGUGGGCAUCAAACUCCCGGGAAAGAGUCGAAUCCUAUCGCUGUGCGAAGUGGAGGUUUAUGCAGCUACAAAUUUAGCUUGGGGAAAACCAACUGUCCAGUCAAAGGUCGCAUAUAAAGGGGUUGCCUCCCGAGCGACUGACGGUUGUAGGGACCCGGACUGGGAUAGCUUGUGCUGCACGUCCACUCCGGCGCAGUCGAACCCUUGGUUGCGAGUAGACCUUGGUACCGAAGUCAGUGUCCGGUGGGUGGUCAUCAUCAACCGCCAGGACAAGACAGGACAGCGACUUGACCUCUUCGAGCUAUAUGUUGGAAACGAAGAACGCGUAGACCGUAACCGACACUGCGGCAGUGUUAUUUUCCUACCAUAUGAUAAGAAGAAUAAGAUUGCCACCAACUGUAACGGGAUAAGAGGGCGAUAUGUGGGGAUCCGUCUGCCUGGCAACAGCCGUACCUUGUCAAUCUGUGAAGUUGAAGUUUAUGAAGGUACGGUGACCAGAAAGAGGACCUCUGAAGUGCGUGGUACCGAGGGCCAGGAUUGUGGAGAACAUCAGGCAGGAGACACCUGGUUAUCUGAUGACGGUGAAAAGAACUGCAUCUGUGAGAUGAAUCAAACAGUGUGCUACGAGGUGAUAUGUGGAGAGAGUGGUGAAGACAAGCCAUUCCUGGGAAAAGACGGACUUUGGACCUGUCCGGAGCCGGCCGCUGAGGAAGAGGAAUCCGGUACGGUUACCGGAAAGAGGACCUCUGAAGUGCGUGGUACCGAGGGCCAGGAUUGUGGAGAACAUCAGGCAGGAGACACCUGGUUAUCUGAUGACGGUGAAGAGAACUGCAUCUGUGAGAUGAAUCAAACAGUGUGCUACGAGGUGAUAUGUGGAGAGAGUGGUGAAGACAAGCCAUUCCUGGGAAAAGACGGACUGUGGACCUGUCCGGAGCCGGCCGCUGAGGAAGAGGAAUCCGACUAAAUUCCAAGCUGAUAAGAGUCAGCGCUGUUCAUCGCUUGAAGCGCUCAGCAACUGAUAGAACUGUCCAAUGAGACUCAACCUGGUGUGCCUUACGAGGGUAGUUUAAUUAGGAUUUCGCCUGCCCCCUUCUGGUUAUUGUAGAAGACCUAAAUUUCAAACGUACAGAUAUCCAUAAAUGC